GGGCAAUUCAGUUGCGCAGGAGAAUGUAGACGUAUGUUUCUCCAGCUUAACAAUAGUCGAAUCAAAGAUCAGAUUCUUAGAAUGGAAACUCCCGGAACAUUUCAACCUACUCCUGGUUCACCUUUAAUUGUAAAUACACCUGUAGAAAAACAUCCACCCAUGAAUUAUGAGCAGCGUAGACAGUUUUAUAAUAGGCAACUUGAACAAUCUACAUCUCCGUACCCCAGUUCCAAACCACCGACAACGAUUGAAGAACAGGAUACAACAUCCGAUAAAACAAACUCAAGUCUGUCGUACUUUGAUAACGAUAGACCAAUUAGUUCAUUUUAUUAUGAUAAUGAUGUCUAUCGACCUCAAGAGGAUUAA